GAAGUGCCCGACCUGAUGUCAUUUCCCUCUUGCAAACAGCCUGGCUGGGCUGCGUCUGAGAUAUGUCACAGGGAGUGGGAGGAGGAGGAGGGGGAGCCAGCGAGUGCCUGCAGUGUCCCAGGACCCUGUUUACUUAGCAUUCCCAGCUGAGAAAGCCCUGGUUUAAAUAGGAUCGGAGGAACGGGCUGCCCACAGCAGAUGAAGAAAUGGUUGCUGUGGGGCUUUAAAUUCCUGCCUUCCCAUGUGCUGGCGUGGAGGAUGAGCCUGCAGAAUGCCUUUCCUCCUGGGUCUCAGACAGGACCAGCACCCCUUGCUCUGCACCCCUGGACUGCACUGAGCAGCUGCUUUCCCUGGAUCUUCUUUCAUUUCUUCUUUGGGAGCCAGCAGCAUUGUAUCAUUGUGGAUGGACUGCAAAACACAUGGUAAAAGACAAGGAAACCUGCAUGGGUGUCAACAAUCAAAGUUACAUAUGUGAAACGGGCCACUGUUGUGGACAAUCCCAGUGUUGCAACUACUACUAUGAACUCUGGUGGUUUUGGCUGGUGUGGACCAUCAUCAUCAUCCUCAGCUGCUGUUGUGUUUGCCAUCACCGCCGCACCAAGCACCGCCUCCAGGCCCAACAGAGGCAGCACGAGAUCAACCUCAUUGCUUACCGGGAGGCCCAUAACUACUCAGCCCUGCCCUUCUAUUUCCGGUUUUUGCCAAACUAUUUGCUACCUCCCUAUGAGGAAGUGGUGAACCGACCGCCGACCCCCCCACCCCCGUACAGUGCCUUACAUCAGCAGUGUGUCCCAGCAGGCAGCAGUAGCACAAUCCCGGACACGCCCAGGACCCUGCAGCCAGCACAGAGCAGCUCUGCAGCACCCAGCAGCAAUAACAGCAGUACUGACAGCACUGGGGCGCCCGGCCGCGGGGACCCCGAGCCCUCCACCACCGUGCUGGGUGAGAGAGCCAAAAUACAAAGCGUCGAGCCCGGCAGUACCAGCACAGGAGCUGAGCUAGUGGAGAGGGCUGGUCCCGAUAAGGAUAUGGAGUGCAAGGAGGAACUGCUGAAAGGUUACAGCUCUGAGAGCUUAGAGCAGAGCAGUGCCAUUCCCGACGCCAAGGACAAGACGCCGGGCAGGCAGCGCCGUUUCACUGGCGACUCGGGCAUAGAAGUCUGCGUAUGCAACCGGGGUCAUCACGAUGACGACCUCAAGGAGUUUGACGGGCUCAUCGAUGACGCUCUGGACGGGCCCCUGGACUUCUGUGACAGCUGCAGCGGCCGUCCCCACGGGGACGAGGAGGAAGGGCUUUUCAGUGCCACGGAGGAGCAGCACCGUGAACACAGCCACCACCACCUGCCCCGGCAGCCGGUGUGUGUACUCUUGAACACAAUAAAUGAGCAGGACUCUCCAAACUCUUGUACCAAUAACUCCCCCAGCUAAGGUGGCAGAAUGGAAGGGAGAAUCAGGGGAAAAAAAACAAAAAUGGAAUAAGAGGAUUAAAACUUUAACAGGAGGAAAAGGUGAUACAACUUUCUUUUUUUGGUUUUUUUUCUUUCUCCCCUCCAAUAUAAUAUGGGGACUAGACCUCGAAGGCCCAGCUUGUGGGGGACGGGUCACUCUGAGUUUUGUUAAUCGUAUCUGCCCUGCUCCAUGGAGCAGGGACUGAUGUUUCUCAAUGAGACCUUCUAAAAAAUGGAAUUUUUCCAAUGGUGAUUUUGGUGAUGGUUAUUAUGAGUUUGUUGGUUUUAGUUUUCCGAAACACUGCUUUAUCUUGCAAUCAGUAAAAACUCAGCAAAUCUCACCCUGGGAGGAUACCAGAUCACCAUAAAGCUUCAACCUCCAGGUGUCUUCCCAGAAGCGAGCAGCUUCUGACAGUGCCGGCAGUCAGUAGCCCAAGAGUUCUGGUUUGAUAUAGUGCUCUUGAGGCAUUGGGGAUCUCUUUUCAUCUUUUUCCUUUUUUUUUUUUUUUUUCCUUUCCUGAUGUUUAGUUUCCCUGAAGCUGGUGAAUGCCCAAACACAUCAGCCCUAUAAUCUCUGGUGCUUCAGUGUUAAGACAGCAGGUAGGAAAUUUCCCACUUGAAGCUGGUGACUGAAGGACCAGUUUCUUCUAGAAGGAGCGUUAGUCUACAUUAGGCAGUUUGAAAAGAAAGGGUUUGCAGAAAUUUGCCUUUAUGUGUAAUUUUUAAACGCAAGUGUGUUUCUUCAAUGCCUCCAAGAGCACAGUUAGCAGUAGAAUCCAGGCAGCUGGGCUGCCUUCCAAGUACUGUGGUCUCCGAAUGACCUUUUCCUGGUGUGCUGCAAAAGGGCUUGGCUUUAUUUUUGUCCUUUUUUUGCACCCCGAUAGCAGCACACUGGAGUUCAGAUGACAAAAGAACAGGGCUCUCCUUGGCCAGCGUGCCUUCAAGCUUUAGCGAUGCAUGUUGAACAAAUGGAGAUGAGAGCUCCGUCCAUUGCAAAAGGGAUGAUGAUUUACCUUGUAGAUGUGGAAGACCUGUGCAGUAUUUUUUUUUAUCCAAAAGUUUGGUGCGAUUCUAAUGAUGACCACUUAAAGUAAUGAAUGUCUGUUUUCUUUCUCUUUCUUUUCGGUUUUUUUUAUGGUGGCAAUUGGCUACUGUAUAAUGUCUGUGAGCGUGUGUGUGUGUGACUGCAAUCCAUGCAUGCGAGUCCUACUGGUAAUAUGAAAACCUGCUGUAAGACUGCAAGAAAAUUUACUGUAGCUUUGCUUUAAUAAACAGUAGAGAUUUUUGUUAGUAACAAUCUGAAGGAAGAAAAAAAGAAAAAAAAAAAAAGGAAGAGCUGAAACUAACAUUCCCUAGAGUGCUCGAGUGGAAGAGAGCACAGUUCAGACUAGGUAACUUGUUCUUGGGAUUUCUCCCCGUCCCUUUUAUAAUUAUGGUCGUCCAGAUCAUUACUGUUAUGGGGAAAAAAACCAUUGAAACCUGAACUCGGACAUACUCAGAUCUGAUUGAUUGAAAACCAAAAUCAGUUUUAACUAAGGUGGAAACCAAAAUAUAAUGCCUUUUCUGAUAACUUG